AUGAAAGCUCCAGCAGCUCAGACGCAAAAUCUCGGUCCGCAGUCGACUUGCUUCGUCUUUUUGCAACCAGAACCAUUCCCACGACAUCUCGAAUAUACAUCUUCGCAAGGUCUCAAAAUCGUCAAGAUGGUUGCCAUGUACAAUAUCGCAGGCCGCCAGGUCGGAUCACACUGGCUGGCUAUUGCUACGCUCAGCACCGCCUUUGGCCUUCCCUUCCUGCUGACUAGAGGCGGUGGAGCCAAAAAAUCACCCACGCCCCCAAUCAACGCCUCAAGCAAGGACGAAGAGAAGUUCAUUCAGGAAUUUUUACAACAGGUGGAGCAAGAAGACAAAGGGAAUAAGAUCUCGGGCAAAGAGGCGCAUUAG